GCGACCGCGGCCGGCACAGCAACUCGGGCGGUGGCAGGAUCGGCUCCCUGCAACCGAAAUGCACCUCACAAGGCGGCGCCGACAACUCUUAGCUCUUCUUUCUGUCGAAGCUGUCAACACUCUCCACCAUCAGCAGCACCGCUACUACUACAACAACCACAACUACGACAACGACGAGAGGCACGGAGGCGACAGCGACUGGAACGACGACAGCAGCGUCGCGGACGAGCGGCAGGGGAGCAGCGGACACCACCCCGGCGCGCUGUUGACAACCACGCCACGUCGUGAAGUCGUCGUCAGACAAUGCCCCUGGCCUGUACGGCGCCACCUAUUCUCCCAGCGACGAAGACGACAAACGGAACAAGAGCGACAUCGAGAGCGAUCGAGCAGCAGCAGCAGCAGCGGCGCCGGAGCCACGUCAGAAACUCGGCAGCAGCAGCAGCAGCAGCGGCGGAAGCAGCGACAUCGGUCUCGGGAGAGCAAGCCGCGGCCCAGGGCGGUCCCAGUUCGAGCACCGUCGCCGCCAUCCUCCUGUUCGUCCUGAUACUGCCGGCGGCACCCGACCCGGCGGCGGCGGCGGCGGCGACGGGCGCGCACCACAACGCGACGACGCCGCUCUCGCUCCUGAACCCCUGGUUGUCAGCCUGUGAUAUCGCGGACCCGGCCACCGCGCCGGACCUCAGGGGCAGCUGCAGUGCGCGGGACGCGAUGCCCUCUCUCUCGGAUAAUAAUCACUACAGUAAUAAUUACGAUAGCGGAGUUAAUAAGCAGCGUAACAAUAAUAGUAGUAGUAAUUACGGUAGGGACACGCAGGCGGCGGCGGCGGCGGCGGCGGCGGCGGUGGAGGCCGAGAUGACGACGGGUCGGCUCAACGGGCAGGUGUCGGAGGGCCCGGGGCCGCCGUGCGGGGGCGGGGGCGGAGCAGACCGAGAGUGCCUUUGCGGGGGCGUGCGGCUGGACGAGUGCUGCGGCCGCGCGCCGCUCGACGCGCUCAAGCCCGAGGCGCGCGCCGCCGCGCUGCGCGGCCCGGCCGCCGCCUGCCGCGCGCACCUGCGCGCCCUCGCGCGCCUCGACGCGCUCGCCGCCACGCUCGCCUGCAAGUUCGACGAGCUGCUGCGCCGCUACGACUGCGCGCAGGACUACUCCGUCAGCUUCGGCUGCGCCCACUGCCAGGUAGGCCGCAGCGUCGCCCGCGUCCCACGACGCGCCGCGCCGCGCCGCACACGCGCCAUCGAUCCGCCGCGCCGCGCCGCGACGCUACUCCACGUGGCGCCCGGCGAGCGUCGUGACACGCCGUGCUACGCCCCCUCCGGCGAACACCCCCUACAAUCUGCCAAUCCACUGAAGCCUAGAGUGCAGCGUCUGCUGAGGGCGGCGUGCCAGCAGUGCACGGGAGUCGGCCGCGCACCGCCCUGCAGGCCGGGCCGGGCCGGUGAGCUGAGCCUUGCCGAGCCUCGGCCCCCUGGAGUCGCAGCCAGCGCCGUCAUUGAUCCGGCCGGGCGCCCUCUUCCGCAAGAUCAGCUGACGCUACGCGCCACGCCGCUGACCCACUGCUGGCUUUCCACACUGAACCCUGCCCACGGCGCUGCCGGAGGGCAGUCGGCACUCUGUAACAUGUCUGACCGUUACAACCCCAACUGCCACUCGGCAGAGUGA